AUGUUUGAUGCGUACAAGAAUAUUGUGGAUGUUUAUAAAACAAUUCAGGACCUAUUCAAUCUAACGUCCAUAGUACAAUCAGUGGGAACACAGCUGUGGAUAAUAAAGAACACAUUCUUAAUAACAUGUCUGUGCGUGCAAUGUGAAGGUUUUUAUACAGCAAUGAAAGAUGUCCUAAGCAUGUGUAAACUGAUAAAAAAAUCAGGAGAUUCUACAGAGAGUCGGAAACAAUUCUGCAAGAAGAUAAUGCUAAUAAAUAAAAGGUUCAGGAAGAUGACUGCAUGUGGCUUAUUCUAUGUCGACGCCUCGCUACCAAUGUCUUUAAUGGGAGUUAGCGGUCAAUACGCUGUUGUAUUAUUACAAUUUAACUUUUUGUAA